ACUACAGGGUGAAAUCUGGUCUUCAGUGUGAAAAGAAACACCCUUCGGGUCUCAGAGUGUCCAUCUAGCUUCAUCUCUCUCUCCCUCUGCCCCAGAGCCAUGGUCACAUGUGACAUCUCUGUGGUCUCUAAAUGGUACACUUUCUUUCAUCCUUCAUGGCCCUGGUAGCAUAGAGGUUAAUAACAGAGACCCUGGACUGUCUGAGCUGACCUCCUGUCACCACCACCUAGUAGAUAUAUAACCUCAGCCUCCGUAGCAGCUCCGAGGAGUCUGACGGCAUCUUCCCCGGGAAAAGGCCAAGUGAGCUCAAAACAGAAGCCACAGCUCCUGCUGCCGCAUUUCCUCCCCAGCUUGCUAAUCCCACACCGAACAAGAUGUGCAAAGGACUUGCAGGUCUGCCGGCUUCUUGCUUGAGGAGUGCAAAAGAUAUGAAGCAUCGGCUAGGUUUCCUGCUGCAGAAGUCUGAUUCCUGUGAACAUAAUUCUUCCCACAGCAAGAAGGACAAAGUGGUGGUUUGUCAGAGGGUGAGCCAAGAGGAAGUCAAAAAAUGGGCUGAAUCACUGGAAAACCUGAUUAGCCAUGAAUGUGGGCUGGCGGCUUUCAAAGCUUUCUUGAAGUCUGAAUACAGCGAGGAGAACAUCGACUUCUGGAUUAGCUGCGAAGAGUACAAGAAAAUCAAAUCCCCCUCUAAACUAAGUCCCAAGGCCAAAAAGAUCUAUAAUGAAUUCAUCUCAGUCCAAGCAACCAAAGAGGUAAACCUGGAUUCCUGCACCAGGGAGGAGACAAGCCGGAACAUGCUAGAGCCCACAAUUACCUGCUUUGAUGAGGCCCAGAAGAGGAUUUUCAACCUGAUGGAAAAGGAUUCAUACCGCCGCUUCCUCAAGUCUCGAUUCUAUCUUGACUUGGCCAACUCUUCCAGCUCUGGGUCAGAGAAGCAGAAAGGAGCCAAGAGUUCUGCAGACUGUCCCUCCCUGGUCCCCCAGUGUGCCUGAUUCUCACAGUGUGCUGGGGGGCUGAGAUGCCAAGACUCUAUGCCUGGAACCCCUGAGGCCAAAUAUUGAUCUGUAUUAAGCACCAGGGCUUUAUCCACAUUGUAGCUUAGUGUUCCUGCUGCCUGCCAUGUGUGAGUCACUCCCGUGUAAGAAGUAGAUCUAGUUUUGGUGUUUGGGUGUCCAUUAGGGCAGGACCUCAUUCCAGUCCAGCUUUCCCAGAAUUCCUUAGGGUGCCACAUGAGCAAGUAUCCAAAGAAUGGUUUUAUAGGGGUGGCUUCCCAAAGACUGUUGCAGUUCUCUCCUCCCAAUGGCUUGACCUCAGAUUGGUUGGUUGGUACAUUUCAUGUGACAUCCACAAGCACGUGUAUUCUGUUGGCACUUUCUCUAAACACUAGAUGUUAAGAUGAGGUUGAUCUAUUAUGUGUAUAUAUGUGUGUGUGUGUAAAUAUAUGUAUAUACACACAUAUAUUUACACACACACGCAUAUGUACACAUUCUAUGUAUAUGUGUCUAUAUGUAUAUAUACAUAUAUAUUUCUGCAAGAAUAGACAGGAAAGACCCUAGGUGCUCAUCCCUAGAAUGUGUGUACAUACCUACAUGCAUGUUCUGAUCCCUGGUCUUUCAUCCUGCAAUCAAACAGGCAAACAGAACCAGUUGCCAUGCAGGCCAAGAGAGGAAUGCUAAUCUGUGGAAAGUUGAUUCUGUAGAACUCCACAGGUCGGUGUUGGAGACGCAUCCAAGGGACUUUAUGCAUAGUUCAACCACUGACAGCCUCCACGCUGAAUGGUAUUCUAAGGAGCAAAUAUCAUAAAGAGUCUUAUGCCUGGCUGACACAGUUCUGUCUUGGGCUGGUUAUUACUGAUGGCACUUUUCAGUCCCGAAACUGCUGGCCUCCCCUUCUCUGCCCAGGUGCUUGGUACAUGGUUAUCAGCAGCCGGGUUGUUAAGGGAGUUGGGAGAGAAGAUGCUUGAACCAAAUGAAGACACGCAGCUAGGGUUUCGCCAGCUCUACCUGCUGUAAAAUACUGGCUGAGUGAGGGCAUGGGACUUCAAGGUUAAUAGUCUUAAACUCUCCUCUUUUUUCCUCUCCUGAUCAAGGUGCUUUUCUCAUUUUGUUUUUUCCUGAGGACUUCAGCCAUCAGAUGAGGCUCCUUACUUCACUGUGUGGUUGGUUGGUUGUUUCCCUGUAAUGGCUCCAGGCUAUAUGCCUCCCCUUACAAACCAGCAGUGAAGGAAGGAGUAUACUUUAUAAGGGAGAAACAUGUUUUUGCAAACUGAGAAGCCCUCAUAAGUUUCUCUUUUGAAAGUAAGACCUUGUUCAUUCCACCCCAAACAUCAGGGCUAACAAAGCCUGUGGGUAUCUCUUUCCAGGCUCCGAGACUAAAUGAGAGAGGAAAGGAAAAAAAAAAGAAAAGAAAAAAAAAAGGAUACCAAUUGUUAGAACUACUGUUUGGAACUUUUCAAGGCACAUGAAAUACUUGAAAAUUUCUCAUUUAUGUUAUUUAUGAUGUUGUUUUCUACAAUGUUUUUAUUAUUGUUUGUUUUAUAAAUGGAGGUGCAGGAUAUCACCUGAAUUAUUAACAAAUGGCCAGGAAGUAAUUUUCUUCUCAUUCUUCUAAAACUACAGCCUUUGAAGUGCACACCCACAUACACUCAUGCAUGCACAUUGCACCAAUUCCUCCAGCAUAAAUUACAUGCGUGAGCACCUUGUGGCUUUUAAGCCAACAGACGGGGUUGCAGAAUGAAAACACCGGAGUGUGUCUAUACAAAUCUCACUGUAUUAAAGAUGUAGGUUUUCUCCGUUGUGCCCUUCUUGUCUCUCUGGCAGUCUUACUUUCCAUGUUCCCAGAGUUCUUCCUCAAUGUCACUUUUAUUAUACUUAGUUCCACAGUUUUGUGUCUAGUUGACUCCAGGAUCCAAACUGUAACUCUAUUGAUCUUGCCCUAUUACAACUGUCACGACUUUCAGAUUGUACCUGUGCUCAUGGGCUACUGUCUUACAAAGAGGUCCAGAAGGUCAUUCUGAAUGAGAAGUAAAUUAUUUUAUGUAA